GGAGGGAGGUGGACUGACUUGUUGGACAGAUGGGAUUGAGGGGGGGGGACCCAGGCAUUCCCAUCUGGGCCCCAUGGGCCGCCCCCCUUCUCCUCACACCGACUUUUCCCCCCUUUCCUACAUCCUGCACCCCCAGCCUUGAAGGCCCCCGGGGGAGGAGGAGCUGUGAGCAGGGGCUAAGGGGGCUGAGCCCAGGGCUAUAAAGGGGGCAUCACCUGGGCGGGGUGGCUCAGAGCUGAGCAGACAAGACAGGACAGGAGGGGCCUGGGAUCGGCCCCAUGUACCAUCCCCGCGAGCUCUAUGCCCCUUUGGGGGCCAGCUACAGACUUCGGCCCCCCCAACCUGGGGGGGACCUUGGUUUUCCAGCAGGGCUGUCAGAGGGGUACCGUUACUCAGGUGAGAGGACAGAGCCCAGAGGCCUGGACCUUGACACCCCCAAGUUAGACUGCUUUCUCUCAGGGCUGGAGGCUGCUCCCAGGCCUCUGGCUGCCCCAGCACCCUUGCCUCCAUUACCUCCACCUUUGGGAGGAGAGUCAACUGCCCCUGCCUCAGCUUCUGAGGCCUCCCGCCUGCUCCCGGGAGUCAGCCUAAGCCUGGAGAACCAUGAUUUGUGGAAAGAGUUCAGCUCUGUGGGAACAGAAAUGAUCAUCACCAAGGCUGGGAGACGAAUGUUCCCGGCCUGCCGAGUGACAGUGACUGGUCUGGACCCUGAGGCUCGCUACUUGUUUCUUCUCGAUGUGGUGCCGGUGGAUGGGGCUCGGUACCGUUGGCAAGGCCGUCGUUGGGAACCAAGUGGCAAGGCGGAGCCACGCCUCCCAGACCGAGUGUACAUCCACCCAGACUCCCCUGCCACCGGUGCCCACUGGAUGCGGCAGCCUGUCUCCUUCCAUCGAGUCAAGCUCACCAACAACACCUUGGAUCCACAUGGACACCUGAUCCUUCACUCGAUGCACAAGUACCAGCCACGGCUUCAUCUGGUUCGGGCUGCCCAGCUUUGUAGCCGCCACUGGGGUGGGGUCGCCUCCUUCCGAUUCCCCGAGACAUCAUUCAUCUCCGUAACAGCCUACCAGAAUCCUCGGAUCACACAAUUGAAGAUUGCAGCUAAUCCCUUCGCUAAGGGAUUCCGGGAAAACGGGAGGAACUGUAAGAGGGAACGGGAUGCCAGGGUUAAGAGGAAGCUGAGGGGACCAGAGCCUGUCAUUAUGGAGAACUAUGGUGGUGACGGUCCUGGAGGUCCCUGUGACUCCACAUUGGUGGGAGACCUUCCAGAUCAAGCCUCUUCGUCCACUGAGGUAUCCACACCUCCUUGUGGAGGGCCCAGUGCUGAGGCCUACCUUCUGCACCCAGCUGCCUUUCAUGGGGCUCCCAGUAGCCUUCCCACCAGGGCCUCUUCCUUCUCAGAGGCUACAGAUCCACUGUCCCGUCCUUCAUCUUACCAGGCGCCCUUCCUAGAGCUGUCUCCAGGGAAUGGGGGUUCUGCUCCUGGAUAUCCCCCAGCACCUCCAGCAUCAGCCUUUGCCCCUCACUUCCUCCAAGGGGGGCCCUUCCCUCUCCCCUACGCAGCCCCUGGGGGCUACCUGGAUGUUAGCAGCAAGCCCCUCUAUUAAGUUAGAGGAGGCACCCAACAACCUGUCUCUCUGGAGCCUGGGUGACUCUUGGGGGCCAUCUCCUUCCCACACCAAAUGGCUGCUUUGGCCUCCUUCAUCUCAGCCAAGCCUACCCCCACUCAGUUCACACUUCAGCUUUAGCUCACACCCCCCUCCUGCUUCAAAGCCUGUGGAGGUAGGCUUGGGGGGAGACCAGCUGCUCUGGCUUCCCCUUCCUGGGCUCUCACCUGGGUGUGAAUGGAGGGUGGGGGCUGGGCCAGCAGGAGACUGGGCCUCACCAAAAGGACAGGUCAGGGGCCACCAGAAACCUUCAAGAGCAGCCCAGCUAAGGGAGUUCCUACAAGGCCUCUAGGGGGUACACCCCAAGCCCUUCACCCUUACUGCACUACUGUUUGACCAAUAUACAUAUACAUAUCCUUACCUCUAUGUGGGGAAAACUCUCCCAGUGAUGUAGAGCAGACUGUCUUCACCCCCACUGCGAAAUGUACAGUAAUUACUAUUCUCUCAAAAUACCUUUGGACUCCAGGCUUUUUUUUUCCUAAAAUAAAACUUUUGAGUCACUU